GUUACUCUUUAGCGGCUUUGUGCUCAAGGACAUUUAGGAACUGAUGUUUUGGGCGUGCAUCUGUAGUUCACAUUCUGAAGUCGUCUUCUUAACCUAAUAUACAAGGUCUGUUAUUAUGGAAGUGAUUGUUAAACUAUUUUAUGUGAAUUUUACAGCUUACCUUUUACCUUAUCUGUCUACUUCCAGCGUUUCGUCUGAUUUUCCUGUUGGUUCGCGUACCACUCCUAAUACAUUCAUUGUACUAACCAACUGUCAUAAAGUUUUGCUUAUUGAUUCUGAACAAGUCUCUCAUCAAUGUCAGAAUCGAUCUUUCAGGAUUUAUCUGCUCAAGUCAGGGUUCCUGGUGACGGGGAUAAGGUUUUCAAGGAUGAAUGUCCUUUUUCGUUUGAGACACCUGAGACAGAAAAAGGAAUAUACAUAUGCAUGCGACACUUCGUUGCAAUUGGCUCCAAAAUCCUUAGGCUUUACUAUGAGAAAACUGGUUGUCGUGCUUUCUUAAGAUACAAGAUCGAAAAGCAAUUCAAAGAUAAGGGUGCUAGUGCUGAAGAACGCCCAACAAAACUCGCUAUUGGAGUUUCUGGAGGUUUUGACUUUCCCCAAGAUAUGUAUACAGUCACUGAACAUUGGUCUCUAGUACGUCUUCCGCAAGGUGAUUCAUUUGAUAUCCCGAAUCCAGAACCCGGACAAGGACAAUCUGAUAUAUCUCAUUUAGAGAUUUUGGAACUUCCUAAACACAUAGCUAUUUCAAUCGCAUUAAUUCAACGUGCUGAGUCAGUAUUACUGGCAGAAGAACGAGCUAAUUCACUUAAAGCUUGGGAAGAUGAUAAUAUUUGUUUUAUUUCGUCGUAUGCAAUGAAUUUAGCACAAAUAAAUAAUUCUGUUCGGAUUCCCCCGUCUGGAUGGAAAUGUGCCAAAUGUGAUUUGAGAGAUAAUCUGUGGAUGAAUCUUACUGACGGAACCAUACUUUGUGGUCGAAAAUUUUGGGAUGGGUCUGGAGGAAAUAAUCACGCUUUGGAACAUUAUGAAAAGACCAAGUAUCCACUAGCUGUCAAACUUGGAACUAUUACUCCCAAGGUACUAUAAUAACUUUUAAAUGCAUCUCAGCAUAUGUCACACAUUUGGAUGAUGUGAAUCUUUAAUAACAGUAGUUUUAUGUAGUCCCUUAAUCCAUUAAGUACAGUAUUUAAACAUACCCUGAAGUUUCAUAUCAACAGACCUAUAAAGGGUUUUAUUUAUGUCAUUCUUUUGUUAUUUAUGCUCGAGUAACACAUCUAAAUGUUUUAUUCAUAAACCCCACUUGUUGAUCAACAAUAUCAAAGCGUUCAGUUUUUAUCGUCAUAUCAACUCUUUAACUGCUUAGUGGUUAACACGGAAAUAUAGGAUGCAUAUUUUUUCAUUAAUAAAUCUUCGUUUCAAUAUUUCUGUAUCUCUUGCGGUCUGUUCUAUUUCUGGUGUCAUCAGUUGGUCUAUUGGCUCAACAAGACGAAAUAGUGCGCAAUGGUGUAGGACUUUUAUCCGUUAGAUCGAUGAGCACUAACCAGCGAAAUUUGAUUUCUGUUCUUUCUUCGUAUCAAUCAAUUGAUCAUAAUCCAUUGACUAGAUAGUGAUCGCAAUAUCCCAAAAAAUAUUGUAAUUGUCUUACGGUUGGAAAAUAAAUUUUCCAAAUAUUUUUGUCUUUGCAUGAUUUCUUGUCUAUAUUUUAUGUGCAAACAGACCUCUAAAGCAAUCUGUAUUGGUAUACAUAAAGGAUAUCACAAAAUCAUUUGGUCGUUGUUGGAAUCGUCAUGACAAAACAUUAUUACAUAGCUAGCGCCAGACUUUACCGAAAAUACAACACAUUGUCUUUUAUUGUUUGUAACUGGAAAAAAAUACACGUUGUGAAGUGGUUACGGACUGUUGUUUGCUUUCUAACGUAAAUAGUCAUAUAAUCAUUCGUUUCAUGAUUGAGGUAUGCUACACAUAUUUCUCCCACAAUUCUUACUUUUCAAAGGGUGGAGAAGUAUUUUCUUAUCCUGAAGAUUCAAUGGUAACCGACCCGAAAUUAGCAGAACAUCUUGCCCACUUCGGUAUUGACGUAAUGCUUAUGCAAAAAACCGAUAAAACGAUGGCCGAGUUAGAAGUGGAUGCAAAUGAAAGACUUGGAGAAUGGUUAACAUUGCAGGAAUCCAACCAUACACUUGAAGCACGUUAUGGUCCAGGUAUGACUGGACUUAGAAAUCUCGGUAAUACUUGUUACAUGAAUGCUGUGUUACAGGUUCUGUUUUCAAUUUCACAAUUUCGUUCAUAUUAUGCCUAUCGAUUGCCAGUUUGGUGUGAGGAAGCAUUGGAUCAAUUCACUUCUGAAGAUCAUCCACUUCUACCAGUAGAUCAUAUUGGUCUACAAUUUUCGAAAUUAGGACAUGGUCUUUGUUCAGGUGUUCAUUCAUGGCUAGCUCCAAAUAAUCUUAGUCAUACUGCUACAGGUGGCCCUGUACCUAUUCUCCCGGGUAUACGUCCAAUUUUGUUUCGUCGAUUAAUGGGCGCGCAUAAUUCCACAUUUGCCACAAGACAGCAACAAGAUGCUUGCGAAUUUUUAAUCUAUCUAUUAGAUUUAUUAGAACAAAAAGCAAAUAGACAAGAACACGGAAAAGUACAUCCAAGUAAUGUGAUGCGUUUUGGUGUGGAAGAACGCCUUCAAUGUGGUUUGACAAAUAAGGUCUCGUAUAAAACUGAUCAUGAAUGGAUUCUUUCAGUUCCAGUUCCAAUGGAAGCGGUAACAAAUCAAAAAGCAUUAGACAAUUAUGAAAAACGACGUGUUGACGCUGAAUUAAAUGGUAUACAUUUAUCACCUGAAGAGGUUGUACGACCAAUUAUUCCUAUGGAAGCUUGUCUGUUGGCUUGGGCUGAAACAGAACGAAUUAAUGAUUUUAAAACACCAGCAAGUCAACCUCCAGGUGCCAAAACAUUCGCUUUACGUUCUAAUCGUUUAACGAAUUUUCCAAACUAUUUAUGUAUACAAGUUGGACGAUUUACUGUUGGUGCAGAUUGGCUUCCGAAAAAAUUGGAUGUAGACAUUGAAUUGAAAUCAUCUGUUGGAAAUCAUGGUAAUACAGAAUGGUUUAUUGAUUUGAAUAGUUUACGUGCACCGAAUGGUAGUAGACCAUUGCCUGGUGAACAAUUAAUGCCAACUGGGGAUGAAAUCAAAUCUGAACAAAUGAAAACUGAUGAAGAUGAUGAUGUACAACCGGAUGUAACAAUUAUAAAUGAUCUGUUAGUUAUGGGUUUCACUUUGGAAGCAGCACAGAAAGCUUGUAAAUUUACACAAAAUUCUAGUGUAGAAAAUGCUACCAAUUGGUUAAUGGAACAUUUAGACGAUCCAGAUUUAAACGAUCCGUUGUCAACGCCCAGUGGUUAUCAGCAACAAAAUAAACAGAAACAACCAGUAGUUGGGUCCGUCAAUUGUACAAAUAUUGACGAAAACGCAGUUGACAUGAUGUUGGCAAUGGGAUUCAGUAGGCAACAGUCAAUCGUCGCAUUACAACAUAAAAAUGGUAAUUUGGAACAAGCUGCUGAUUGGGCAUUGAGUAAUCCAGAUGAAUUAGAAACUUUAUUACUUCAAUCUGAAAUAGAUAUGACUAAUAAAUCUUCCACUGAUGCUGGGAAUAAUUCAAAUCAGACAUCUUCAUCAGGUCCGCCGUUAUCAGAUGGUAGUUCAAAGUAUGAAUUAUUCGCGUUUAUUAGUCACAUGGGAAAAUCGACCAAUGAUGGUCAUUAUGUAGCUCAUAUUAAACGAUCAUUUCUAGCUAAAUGUAUUCCUCACGAACCGCCAGUAUAUCAUGUUGGCUCACCAAUUUGUGGCGGUUCCGAUCAAGAAUGGAUUAUAUUCAAUGAUGAGAAAGUGGCAAAAAGUGAAUGCCCACCACAUCGUCAUGCUUAUUUAUAUUUCUUUCGAAGAUUAGAUGCUGCUGAUCAAUCUGAUUAACUUUAAUUGUUUAUGUGUGUGUGUCCCCGAGUGGUGUAGUGGAUGAGGUCAUUUAAACAGUUUAGUGUUAAACAAUGAUAGAUUUAUUGUUUUAUUUUCUGUUUCAUUGUCUCCACCUAUCUUCCAUUCUUAUUUUAAACUGCACUCCAGAAAUGCAUUAAGUUGUACACAUUGUUAACUUAGAAAAACUGCUCUUAUGUGUAUGCGUACAUGUAGGAAUGACAGAUUGCUUUUGUUUCUCUCUUUGUUAGUAAAGUACAAUAAACAAUCCAAAAGUAUAACAUAUUAGUUUUCUGCAUUCCCUAGUUACAUUUAUUUGUUCAUUUAUUAUUAUCUCUCAUCUUCUAAAUAAGUCUUGAGUUUAUGUAUCGUUAAAAAAAAAUACAAACACUAAGCCAGAUACAUAUUGAUAUGAAUAAUAAAUAUAUUUUUAAUCAAAUUAAACUUGGAAACAAAAAGGAAAGUAUAUAACAUACAGACACGCACACACACAUACAAAUACAAAUACUACCUCUUUUCUGUUUAUAAAUUCCGUACAUGAACGAAUAAAUUAUGUUUUUAUUUAAUUAUUUUAAAAGAGAAAAACAAUGAAUGAAACAAUUUACAUCAUAGAAAAUGUGGUAAUCUAUCUCUAUUUGAAAAAUUUUUUUUAAAAAAAUGGACUAUCCAUGUUUUGAUCAAUUUUGUUGUUUUUUUUUCAAUUAUAUAUGACUUACUCGUUGUUAAGGCUCAUUGUUAAUGACUAUAAUGUUAUAUAAUUUUGAAAGAUAUCAUAAGUAAUAAAAGUAAACGUUUUAAAUGUAAUACAGUUUUUUUUUGUUUUUAAUAUUUUGUUUAAUGCUUGAUUGGUUUGUGUUCAUGUAUUGUUACUUUGAUUACUAUUACUAUGUGUCUUAUGAUCAUAUAGAUUGGAAUCUUAAAGUAAUUAAUACAGUUAAAGUAUCAGAUUACGUUGUUGUGAAAUCUUAGUGAAAACACUAUAUUGAUCAGUAUAAAGAUUAAAACUAAUGAAGUUAUUCAAUAGUUGAUUAAUCUCUAAGAUGUAAUCAAUGUCAUGUUUUUUUUAAUCCUAUCAACUGAAUUGAAAUUUGGACACUAAUCUGAAUGAUGUAAAUGAAUGUAUGUACAGAAAAACCGCGCAUCGUGAUGAUUGAGAUUCUUCUAUAAGAUAUACUUGAAAUCUCGAAGGAAUUAAUACCAUCUGUGAAAUUCACUCAAUUUAGGAUGUGAUUAUUGGGCUAUUCGGGCUGCUAAUGUUUUCCUGUACGAUUGAGAUGAUAUUUACAUUGAUUAUAUAUUGAGUCAUAGCUUAUUUCAUGUUUGUCUCGUCAUUUUUUUUAUUGCUAAUCAAACUAUUGAUUAAGCUUUUGUUUAGACACGAGUUGAAUUGACUUUCCAAAACAUAUAUACUUUUGUUAUGUCAAUUGGUGGUCGGAGGCAAUUGACAAG